AGUGGGCUGUCCUGAUAUUCAGCUCCCCACACUGACUGUGCAUCUAACUUUACUCUCCAGGCCAGAAAGAGACUACUGUUCUGUGAGGACGAUUCACCUCUGUUAGGUCUGCAGCCCCAUAAAGACUCUUAAACUUCUUCGGAGAGGAACAAUGGCGCUGCCUGUGAAUCCUAUGGAUGAGCCCAGGUUGUACCAACAGACUCUGCUGCAGGACGGUUUGUUUGACUUGUUGGAGAAUGAUAAGUUGGUGGACUGCGUGCUGAAGAUCAAAGACAAGGAGUUCCCCUGCCACCGCCUGGUACUCUGUGCUUGCAGCUCAUACUUCCGUUCCAUCUUCCUGUCGGACUUGGAAGAGAGUAAAAAGAGAGAAAUUGUCCUGGAGGAUGUAGAGCCUGGUGUCAUGGGACUGAUUCUGAAGUACCUCUACACCUCCAAAAUCAACGUGACGGAGCAGAAUGUCCAGGACAUCUUUGCGGUUGCCAACAUAUAUCAGAUUCCCUCGAUUUUCACUGUAUGUGUGUCAUUUUUACAAAAGCGCCUGAGCCUCAGCAACUGUCUGGCUGUCUUCAGACUUGGUUUAAUGUUAGACUGCCCCAGGUUGGCUGUCUCUGCACGAAACUACGCCUGUGAGCGCUUUCAGCUCAUCUCCAGAGAUGAGGACUUUCUCCAGCUGUUCUCCAGUGAGCUGGCAGCUAUUUUAACAAACGACAAUCUGAACGUUGAGACGGAGGAGGCGGUGUUUGAGGCUUUGAUGAAUUGGGUGUCUAAGGACAUUGAAAACAGAGAGAAAGAGCUUCCAGGUUUGCUGGACUGCGUCCGUCUGCGUCUCGUCACGGACGAUUAUCUGAAGGAAAAAGUGGAGAAACACAAGCUGAUCUCAGCCAACCCAGAGCUGCGGCAGAAAAUCCAACUGGUCAAAGAUGCUCGCGCUGGAAUCAUGCCAGAGGUUAAGAAGGGAAAGACCAAGGAGGAGGCAAGUGGAGCAGAAAACGAUGGAGAGAGUAAAGAAACAGAGGAAGGUCUUCUACCAGGGAUUUUGAAUGACAACCUACGGUUUGGGAUGUUCAGCAGAUACCUGAUCCUGAUGGUGAAUGACACAGGAGCCAUGGGCUAUGAUCCCUUAGGAAAUGACUGCUAUGUGGCGUCACUCUCCAAACAGAUUCCUAAGAACCACGCCAGUCUGGUUACCAAGGAAAACCAGAUCUUUGUGAUUGGAGGAUUGUUCUUUGAUGAAGAGAACAAGGACAGUCCUGUGUGCUCCUACUUCCUGCAGUAUGACCCGCUGAGCACUGACUGGCUCGGGAUGCCCCCCCUCCCAUCGUCGCGCUACCUGUUUGGAAUGACGGAGGCCAACGGCUCCAUCUAUGUGUUGGGAGGACGAGAGCUCCAGGAGCAGGAGCGAACGCUGGACUCGGUUCUGGUCUAUGACAGACAAUCCUUUAUAUGGGGGGAAUCUGAAUCUAUUCCUUACCCAGUUUAUGGUCACGCAACAGUGUCGCACAAUGACAUUGUGUAUGUGAUUGGAGGAAAGGGAGAAGGCAAGAGCUGCAUGAAAAAGAUGCUUGCAUAUGACACCAGGAGGUUUGAAUGGAAGGAGCUUGCUUCCAUGAAGAAUGCUCGCUCCUUAUUUGGAGCCACGAUCCACAAUGACAAAAUAUAUGUGGCGGCGGGAGUGACUGAUGACGGGCUGACAGACUCUGUGGAGGUGUACGACAUCGCAGCUAACAAGUGGUCAGACUCUGUGGCGUUUCCUCAAGAGCGAAGCUCACUGAAUCUGGUGUCCUUGGCCGGUUCCCUUUACGCAAUAGGAGGCUUUGCCAUGAUUCCUUUGGAGGACAGCGACGACUUUGCUCCCAAAGAGAUGAACGACAUUUGGAGAUUUUAUGAGUCAGAGGAGAAAUGGACGGGGGUCCUCAGAGAGAUCCAGUAUGCCUCUGGGGCCACCGUUUUGGGGGUCCGAUUGAACACCCUGCGUCUCACCAAGAUGUGAACAUCAGCCAUACUAACAGAACAUCAGCACCUCAUCCUUCCAUUCAGGAUGGAAGAUAAUCAAGAUUCUGGAUGAACUACCACUUUAUGUCUAUUUUAUUUGUCGCUUUGCUGGAUGGUGAGCUCAGUUACCUUUGUAUAUGUUUUAUUGCAACGAUUAGACUCAGAUUAUGCAUUUCAACCGCUAUUAUACUAACAUUUUUAUACAAAACGCUUUGAGUAACUACAGUAACUAUUUGAGUCACUUGUGGUAAAAUGAAAAUGCGAGAUGUUUCCAGCAGGGGGCAGCAAAAUUAUUUUAUCUGCAUUAUGUUUGUGCCCUGGAAGAAUCCCAAAAAAUAAAAUAAAAUAAAAAGCAAACGGGAAAAAAAAAAACACACAGUCGUGUCUGGAAUAGUUUAUCUUUACAGUUUAAUAUUGACAUUAUCUUGUUAUGCCUAACUGGGUUACAGGCGGUAAACACCAGUCAUUAGUACAAUUAAGGACAGAGAUACAGUCUGUCGUUAGCACCUACAGUCUUUGCUUCCAUUUUUUUCUACAGUUCCACAACUACUGCACAUGGGUUUGUACAUCGGAGGACAUACUGUAGCGUUUACAUUGUAUCAGCAGAUAACAGUACACAUGGCAUCGAUAACAUAGAGAAAAUGAACAGCUAUGGGCUCUGUGAAGGGAAUUUGAAUGACUUAUAACUGCUGUCAAGUGAACCCAAACUUUUACUGGCAAAACUAUCAACAUUUCCUUAAAAUUUUUCCAAAUAAAGUUACCAAAUCUGCCAAAAACUCAAUUUUUAUGUCAGUUAUUUAGUGUAAAUCAAAUUUAUUUUUUAAUGUGUUGUUUUUUCUAAGGACCCAAAACCUCUUUAUUAACCUUAACAGAUUUGUAAAGAUGACUGAGGCAGAAUGGAAGCUUCUGCAACGUCUUAAAGCAGCUAAAGGGAGGUUUGAGGAAAACACAAACAAUGAGGACCACAGUGUGUUUAAAUAAUUCAAAUGUGACAAAAAAAAA